AUGAAAUUAAUAUUAUGCCAAUUAAAAAAAUCGAUUUUCUGAAAAGCUGCUAAAAAGAGAACACUAUUAGCAAAAUAUUCAAAUAAUGAGGGAUCAGAAAUAAAUAAUAACAGCCCUGAAGUUACAGCAAAGGAGAAUUUUUCUUCUUGAGUUUUUGAUCUAAAAUUACAGAAUAACCCUGACAGAGAAAAUGCAACUGAAGAAUCUGAGAAAAUCGUAUCCGAUUAG